UCCCUAAACCCAUUAUAUAUUCAAACUAAUUUUCUUAUUGAUUAUCAAGAGAAGAGCCAGAGAUAUGGGCAUUUGUAAUGUUCAUAUUUUUUUGCCUUCUUCUCACUGGUUCUUCUUCUUCUUCUUCUUGAGUAGGGUUAUAGGUUCGAGUUACGAAGAAGAAAUUGCUCAAACGCCAUUUUCUUCUACGCAACUAUUGAUACCUCCUCCACCACCAUAUUACAGAUCUAGAGGUUCGCCAUUUAGGCCGAGCAUAACAAUAGUAGUAGCAAUUCUCACAACAAUUUUCUCAAUCAUAUUUAUGUUGUUGUUAUACGCAAAACACUGUAAGAGGGAAGGUACUUUUGGAACUACCACUUCCGGAGGAGGAUUGAUGAAUGGUGGUUUACAUUCAUCGAGCUUCCGGAAAAACUCCGGUAUUGAUCGAACUGUGAUUGAGUCUUUGCCGGUUUUUCGAUUUGGAUCUCUUAGAGGUCAAAAAGCUGAAGGACUUGAAUGUGCUGUUUGCUUGAAUAAAUUUGAAUCAAGUGAAAUUCUCCGGUUGUUACCAAAAUGCAAACACGCAUUUCAUAUCGAGUGUGUGGAUACUUGGCUUGAUGCUCAUUCUACUUGUCCUCUUUGUCGUUAUCAAGUUGAUCCAGAAGAUAUUCUUCUGAUUUCACAUGAAAAUGAGAGAAAAUCUACUUCUUCCAUAUCUUCAUCAUCGCCGGUAAAAGAAAAAGAAAAACAGAGGAUUCAUUCUUCAUCUUCUGGAAGGCAUUCUUCCGCCGGAGAAAGAGCUACUUCCUCAUCGUCGUCGUUGCAGAUAAUCGUCGAAACUCCAAAACAGGAAACGCCGUCGUUUCUGAAUAAGAGGAUGUCUUUAGACAGUUGGAAUUUCUACCGGAAAAAAAGCAAAUCGACUAACUCGACAUUGUUAACAAGAAAAGACGGAAUGCUAUUAAAUAAAAAGAAGGCGGCGGAGACGGAGGCGGAUGCGGCGGAGGAACGGCGGUUGGAACACCGAAUAAUUAUAUCCGGCGAUGAACCGGAGCCAGCGGAGACGUCGGGAAGUGGGUCCCGGAGCCGGUGGAGUGACGUGGAGGGUUGUGAUAGGUUGUAUUUGAGGUCGGAGAUGAUAUUAAGCGAGAGCCGUAGAUAUUCGGGGUCGAGAAAACGGACGGUGGAGAUGGGGAGUGGCAGAAGAGUAAUUAAUGAGAGAAGUGUGUCGGAAAUGACAGGGAUGAGUAGGUUUAGAAGUAAUGAAGAAGAAAGAGAAAGGGAAAGAGAAAGGAAAGGAGCAGUAAAAAGGUGGUUAGAUUGGAUUUCUCAAUCACAAAAUAAAUCUGCGUCUGUGUCUGGUGCUGGUGCAGGUGCAGCAGCUUCUUCUUCCGCAACUUGAUAUUGAUGAUGAGGAAAAACUUUAUUCCGCGUUUACGUCAGAUUAAUACGAGUUUUCAGUUGAUAUAGAAAAUUUGUUAAAGUCAUGAUUAAAUCUAAAUCGAGAAUAACACUCCUAAUAGAAUUUUCUUUCAUAUCAUAAUUUCGUUGGGUAAGUUGUUGAGGCAUCUCUUUUCAUGAGGAGAUGAGUAGAAUACAAAAAGAAUGAUGAAA